AUUUUUUGACUUUUUGAGGAUGAAUGAGAAAAUUGUUUAGCGACCUACAGUAAAAUGUUACAGUAAUUUUUUUUUUUUUUUCUCUUUAUUUAUUACUGUCAUUUAUUACCUCUAUCAAAAUGGAUUAUAGACAUUAUAGUCAACUAAGUCAAAAAAAUCUUACACAUAACAAGAGAGAAAACUAACUAGUAACAACCAAAAUUUUUUUUUUUUUAGUGUUUCCCUCCUCUUCAGUCUCUUUUAUUCUUCCUCUUUCCUACAAAGGAAAAAAAAAAAAAAUUCCCCACAAUUCUGCUUGAAGCAACCCAACUCAUCCUCAACAAUAAUAGACUAAUCAAAUUCUCAGAUCUCAUACCCUUUUCUGUGAAUUUCAGCAACCAAAUUUGCCCCAUAAAUUUUCUCAAAAAAUCCCAGCUCAAAUAGAUCUCUUUGGGUUUUUCUUAUUGAUUAAGUUUUAGUGAUUUUGGGGGGUUUCCAUUGAUUUUUUGAGAUGAAUAUCAAGUAUAAUGCUGGUUUGUUUCUCAUUGGAACUGUUGUUAUCAUUUGGGUCUCUUCUGCAGAAGUUACCCAGGACAUAUAUAAUGCAUAUAGACAGCCAUUUGCAGUGACAUAUCUUGGGGCAUCUCUAAUGGUGGUUUACCUUCCCAUAUCCUAUAUUAAAGAUUGGAUUUAUCGGAAAAUGAAGAAUUGCUCAUCAAGGAAUGGGAAACUUGCUGAAACUGUGAAAGAUUCUGCGGACAUACUUGAUUCUCCUCUUAAAUACGUUGAGCAGAAAAUCUGUGCAAUGGAACUGGAAGGGACUCCCAUUAAAAAAAACUGUGACUUGAACCUUUCUGUGGGAGAAGAAAAACCUUUUCUUGACGACGGUUUGAGGAAGCCUGAGAGGGAGCUCAGCAAAUGGGAAAUUGUUAGAUAUGGAUUAUACCUUGCCCCUCUUUGGUUUGCAGUUGAGUAUCUCUCAAAUGCUGCCUUGGCACGUACCAGUGUUGCAAGUACGACAGUCUUAUCCUCAACCUCUGGACUUUUUACUCUUUUCAUUGGAGUGCUCCUUGGAGAGGAUUCACUGAACAUGGCUAAGGUUGUUGCUGUAUUUGUUAGCAUGGCCGGUGUCGUCAUGACUACUUUGGGGAAAACUUGGGCCUCAGAUGAGUCGGAACUUAGUAGUUCAAGCGAUGGUCAACGUUCACUCGUGGGGGAUCUUUUUGGGCUUCUCUCAGCUAUGUCAUAUGGGCUUUUCACUGUGCUACUGAAAAAGUUUGCCGGUGAGGAAGAAGGAAAAGUGGAUGUUCAGAAACUUUUUGGAUACAUUGGUUUCUUUACUCUAAUAGCCCUUUGGUGGCUUGUGUGGCCAUUGACGAUUUUAGGGAUUGAACCAAAGUUCACUAUUCCUCACUCUGCUAAAACAGACGAGGUUGUUCUUGCAAAUGGACUGAUUGGAAGCGUUCUAUCUGAUUACUUUUGGGCAUUAUCUGUUGUAUGGACAACUCCUCUGGUUGCAACUUUGGGUAUGUCGCUUACGAUCCCUCUUGCAAUGUUGGCUGAUAUGAUUAUACACGGUCGGCAUUAUUCCAUAGUCUAUGUUCUUGGCUCUAUCCAGGUAUUUGGCGGAUUUGUAAUUGCUAAUCUUUCAGAUUGGUGCUCAAAGAAGCUGGGUUUAUAGCAUUGCCGGAACUACACUUGCUGAGUAUCAUAUUCUUUUUUCUCGUCAUCAGCUUUGCUCUUUGGCGAGAAGUGUCAUAAAAACAGGAUCGUGAUCCCACAAGGGGUAAUCGACAUUUGCACAGAAUAUAAAAGAGCAAAACAAUGUAAUCUAAUCAUGUCUUGGUGAUAUAUGAAUAAUGAUAUAUAGUCAGAAGGUUAGUUACCAACAGGAAAGAAAGAAUAAUUCAGUUUUUGUAUGGGUCUUGGCGUCUUGCAGUCGCACCCUCUGUGUAUAUAGUUUGAUACUGUAUUAAUCUGAAAUAAAAAUUCAAGUCAAUUUUGUUUCAAAGUCACUGUGAAGUUUGAUUUUCA